AUCACGGACCUUGUAUGCUCCCACGGUUUCGAUGAGAUCGUGACGUUGACUGGUGAAAGUUGAAACAAGGAAGAACGGUGUAUGUAGCCGGAGCCAGCUGUGUACUGUAUGUCAGACGAAUACAAAAAAAUAGGGGGCUGCACAUUAUUCAGAAACGUACUCUAACGUUACAAUUCUUGAAUUGUCAUCGAAAUAUUUUAAGAAUGGAUUUAAACAGUAUCCUGUCUCAGCUCGAGACAAACAAUGAAGAUGAAAUUACAAGGCUUUUGCACCAGUACAACGGAGAGAAUAGUCGCACAUUCACCUUUGACCCAAAAGAGGAGGACCUACGAAGUAGGCUGUGUCAGGGUCUGCUGACUGUGCUGGGGAGGCAGGUUGGGUCCUGCUGCCAGAGCACCUGCCUGGAGACCCUUCGCAUCCUGUCCCGGGACAAGCGGGUCCUGGGCCCUGUGGGCACCCGGGAGGGCAUGCUGGUCCUGGCCGAGCUGGCUCGGCUGCAAGGGGGAGAGGAGGGGGGUGACAGCAUGCAGGAGGAGGCCCAGACAGAGGAGGAAGAGAGGGUGGUGGUGGAGGCCCUUAAGUGCCUGUGUAACGUGGUGUUUAACAGCGCGGCGGCACAGCAGGUGGGCGCCGACGUGCAGCUGGCGCGGGGUCUGUGUGCCCGCCUGCACGCCGCCCGUGCCGGGCACCACGAGGUGGGCCUGUUCUCCCUGCGCCUGCUCUUCCUGCUCUCGGCACUGCGGCCAGACGUCCGGGGGGGCCUCCAGAGGGAGCUGCAUGCCGUGGGGCUCCUCACAGAGGUGCUGGAGCGUACCCUGGACGUACGCUGGGUGGGCCCCUACGAGGCGGCCCCUCCAGGCCCCCAGGCCUUGCCUAUCCCUGCUGAAGACAACGAGAGGGCCAUGGAGGCCCUGAAAGCCUUGUUCAACCUCACACUGUCUGACACCAGCGAUGAGGAUGGUGACCACCAGCUCCGCCUCAUCACCGCCAUCAUGCGCCAUCAAUUGAUGCUAAAGACUCAGACAGAGGACAAAACAGAGGAAGCACACAGCCACGCCAUCAACCUGCUGAGUAACCUGCCAGUGUCAUGUCUGGAUGUGCUGAUUGACAUGCCGGUCCAGGGGGGCCAGGAGGAGUACAGCGGGAAGAACAUGGACGCUGUGCAGGUGCUACUGGACUUCAUGGAGAAGAGGAUAGACAAGCAGGGUGCCAACUACAAAGAGGGGCUGACCCCAGUGCUCAGCCUGCUGACCGAGGGCUCCAGGUACCACAGGGAGAUCCGCAGAUACAUCAAGACACAGGUGCUGCCCCCGCUGAAGGAGGUCAAGGUCCGGCCGGAGAUAGGGUCCACCGUUAGGAACAAACUGGUGCGCCUCAUGACCCACGUGGACAUGGGCGUGAAGCAGAGCGCCGCAGAGUUCCUCUUCGUCCUCUGCAAAGAGAGUGUGGACCACCUGUUGAAGUACACUGGGUACGGUAACGCAGCAGGACUCCUGGUGGCUCGAGGCCUGCUGGCAGGGGGGCGAGGAGAGACUCUGUACUCAGACGACGAAGACUCUGACACCGAAGAGUACAAAUCGGCUAAACCUUUCAUCAACCCCAUCACGGGUCACGUGGAGGAGCCCAUGCCUAACCCCAUAGAAGACAUGACUGAGGAGCAGAAAGAGUACGAGGCCCAGAAACUGGUCAACAUGUUCGACAAGUUGUCAAGGCAGCAGCUGAUCAGGCCCAUGGGGGUGAGGAGGGACGGCACACUGGCGCCCCUAGAAGAGGCUCUUAGACAGCCCACGGCUGACAGCUGCAGCUCAGACUCAGACUAGAGCAACUACGACACAGACCAGACCCCCGUAUACAGUGCCUUCAGAAAGUAUUCAUACCCUUUGACUGAUUCCACAUUUUGUUGUUACAGCCUGAAUUCAAAA